AUGGCGAGCCCUAGAAGAGUAGUGAUCGAGAACCAUAGAUUGUCACCUUUAAUCAAUCUACGGAAGAAGCCUCAAGCGAUUCCUCUUCCUCACAUGGAUCACCCUCAGAGUCAUCCCGAUUUGAAAACUUUCGACGACGAUGAUAAGGUUAAUCUGGUCCGGUUCGGUUUGGCGUCGCUCUCUCCUGUUCGGAAAGACGACCGUGGAUGGUUGCUUGGUCCCGUUAUUGUUGCUCGUGAUUCUCAGCUCAAAGAUUAUGCUCAUCAUGCUCGUCACCAGUUUCUUCGAUCAAGCAGAGCUGGAGAGAGCAUCCUGCUUCUUAAUUCUUAUUCACUCAAGAUUAACAAAUUUUCCCAACUUGAGAAUCAUACUGCCUUCUCUGAUCAUAAAUACCAAUCUCGUCUUCUCUCCUCUGGUGGAUAUAACUGGAGAUUGAUUGUAUACCCGAGAGGGAACGUAAACGACAAUGUAAGUGGAUUUAUAUCGAUGGACGUGGAAUUAGACAGCACGAGCUUGACGGAAUCCUCACCAACAACUGAGGUGUUUGCGGAACUCCGCUUCUUUGUUUACAACAAGAAAGAAAACAAGUACUUUACUAUUCAAGAUGUAGAAGUAAAGCGGUUCAAUGUCCUUAAUAUGGUGAGGGGAUUGCAAAAAGUUCUUACAUAUGAAACAUUCAUUAACCCUGAAAAUGGAUACAUAUUCGAGGGAGGUCAAUGUGAGUUUGGUGUUUAUGUCAUUGUUCCCCCACCCCUUACCAAUUGGGAGAUCGUCUCUUUUGAUGAGAAACUACUCUCUUCUCCCAAGUUCUCUUGGACUGUUAAGAACUUUUCUGGCUUGAACGAGUAUGUGUACAAAUCAAACAGUUUUACAAUGGGAGGAAGGAAAUGGGGUCUAAUGCUGUAUCCCAAGGGCGACAGUAGAGCAACUGAUAAUUUUUUAUCCUUUUUUCUUUAUUUAGCUGAUAUUGAAACACUAAAACCAGAUGAAAAGAUUUUCUGUCAAGUACAUCUCCGAGUUCUAAACCCGCUUGGGUCCUAUCACGUGGAGGGCAAAGUGGACUCCUGGUACGAGAAAUCAAACAGGGUUUUGGGAUGGUAUAACUUUGUCUCUUUAGAUGAAAUUCGAAAGACUUACUUGGACAAAGAAGACACGUUGAAAGUUGAGGCCGAGUUUAAAGUUGUUUCCGGGAUCAAAUACUCUACCGCUAUCUAA